AUGGGGGAAUUUCUAAGAUUGGAACGUCGCCAGGCCACAGCCCCAAUAGCCGACCUCGACCCCGGACUGGGAGAAGUGGCUGCCGAGGAUGGAGCACUUCUUCGGCCAGCAAUGGAAGGAUCAGGGCAUCUACCACUUGAUCAAGCUGUUCGACCGGCCGCUCGUCAUGGACCGGUCGCUCUUGGCCGCGGCCCUAUGCUUCUGGUCUUCGGCCACAAAUACUAUGAACCUUCGGUUUGGUAUGAUGACGCCAACCAUUCUAGACAUGGCCGCCUUAUUCGGCCUUUCUCCCCUCGGUGUGGAGGCCAGCGCCGAAGGGAGUUUUAA